AUGGGAGAAUCUGUCGAUAUAAUCGAUUUGACUGAAGAUUCGGAGGUUUGUUUCUCUUUGGAAAUUUGUUUCACUUUGUGUGAUUGGUUUGAUUUCAGGACGAAAUUGAAAUUAUCGAGCAAGAAAAGGACGACGAUAUCAUCGAAUGCGAUUCAGAAGAUGAAGAACGAUUGAUUUUUUCGAAUUGUCAACAGCACAAACGAUUGAUAAUGCAACGGAACACAAAACGAAUCGAUUAUGAUGAAUGGGGAGAUUAUCAAAAAGUUUAUGCAGAAAUUAAGAAGAGAAUUGAAGAUGAUCCAAUCCUCAAACAACAUUUUGAUUUUACGGUGUUAGAAAAAGCUGAUGAUCGAGUGUGUCAAAUGCAAGGAAUUCGUUUACAUCAGGAAAUACAAUCGUUUAUCAAGAAACAUGAAACACCUGAUGAAGUCUCCGUUCCAAAGGAUGUUGUAAUGUUGAAAAAAGCAUUUAAGGAUCUAAGAAACAAAGCGAGAUAUACUCCACCAGAUCGAAGAAAUCGAAUCAUGAAAAAUCUAACAUUGGAUCCGCAAAAUCCUAUUCCACUUUAUUGCGAUAUGUUAACCAUCGAUCCAAAAAAAGUUAAGAUUAGCGAAACCAUGAUAUUCGAUUAUAUCGAUAAAAAUAAGAUUACAAGUGAUGUUGAUAUUGGAUACGAAAAACUCGUGAAAUCGGAAGAGAUUUUGGUAAGAACAUAUCUCUUCAUUCUUCAAAAGAAAUGGGGUUUUUCAGAUUCGAUGUGAUUGCAAGAAAAUCGAAGGAAAAUUUGUGAAUUGUUUUGAUAAUCCCAAUUGCCCUUGUUUUAAUAUGAAUCAAAGAUUUCAAGAAAUCCAAAAAAUCAAUGCAUAUCGACAAGAACAUGAGAAAACUCAAUUUGUAUGUGUAAACUCAUUUUUAUUCAUAAAAUUCAUCAUUUUCAGAAAGCAUUCUCAAAAAUUCUGAUGCGCGAUAUUGAUCAUUAUUUCGACACAAUUGGUUUUUGCUGUAGCUCAAAUUGUGAAUGUGAAGGAUGUUGUGAUAAUAAUGUUAUAUACACAAUCGAACAAAAAAUCAAUCGAUUUGAAAUUUAUCGUCACGAUGAGAAAGGAUUCUGUCUUAGAACCAGGAAUUUCAUUCCUUACGGAAGUCCAAUCUUCGAAUUCGUUGGAGAAUUUGUUGAUUUUGAAAGUGUUUCGGAUCGAGAAUCAGAGGAUUAUGCAUUUUGUUGUUUUGAUUCUGCCGAAACUGUGUUGAGAAACUUCUUUCAAAAAUUAGAAUUUCUCAGCUCAAAAACAAGAGAACGAUUCCAUGUGAGUGGGAACUAUACACAGGGGAACUUUAAAAUUUUGAAUGAUAUUUGAGAGUUUUUAUGUAAAUUUUUUUCAGAAAUUUUUCGAUAAAAAAUGGUACGUCGAUCCAAAAUUCAAAGGCAAUGAAGCUCGAUUUGUUUCUCACGGAUGUCAACCGAAUUUGGGAAUGUGUCGAGUAUUUCAAGGUGGAAUAGGACCACAACAUCUCAAAUGCAUCAUGAUUUCAUUAGAAGAUAUAUUUCCUGGUGCACAGGUAUGUCUUUUUGGGUUCAUUUUUCAAAAUCUUCAUGAGAUAAAAAACUCAGCAAAUUUUCAUUUUCAAAAUUAAUAUCCAAUCUUAUUUAAGCUAACCUUUGAUUACGGCGAGAACUACGUGAUUGAUCAACUCAAGGACAAUUGUUUAUGCCUAACUCCAGCUUGUACAAAAAACACAUUUUAUAAAGAGCUGACAAAAGCCAGUUUUGAAGAUGUGAGUUUGAAAAAUUUGAAAAUGAAUAUAAUUUUAUGAAUUUCAGAUGUUCCAUUUCUUCUCGCUUCGAUAUUAUUAUUUAGCCAGAGAUUAUAAAUCGUUUGUAGUGAAUGGGCGCAAUCGUGAGUUUCUUGGGAAAAUUUUGAGUCAGGCCAGGUGUAAUGUUUUCUCAAAAAACUAAGAUGGUCCGCUUAGGUUCGAUCCACACCAAAAAUUAGUUCCGAUUAACCCCCCCCCCUUUUCCAUUUCUCGAAAAUUUCCUCAAUGUUUCCAGUAAAAAACUUCGAAAAAGUUCUGUCGCUUUAUAUGAGCGCUCCUGAUCAUCCAGCAUUAGUUGAACAAAGAAGAAAAAACCGACAAUCAACAAGUACUUGUCAAUAA